AUGGCCACACCAAGGAUCCACAACCUGACCAAAUCAAGGUUCCUCAGCCUGGCCACAACAAGCAUCCACACCCUGGCCAAACCAACGAUCAACAACAUGGCCACACAAAGCAUCAACAACAUGGCCAAACCAAUGAUCAACAACAUGGCCACAUCAAGGAUCAACAUCAUGGCCACACCGAGGAUCCACAACCUGACCAAAUCAAGGUUCCUCAACCUGGCCACACUAAGGAUCAACAACCUGGCCACACUAAGGAUCAACAACAUGGCCACACCAAGGAUCAACAACAUGGCCACAUCAAGGAUCAACAUCAUGGAUCAACAACAUGGCCACACCAAGGAUCAAAAACAUGGCCACAUCAAGGAUCAACAUCAUGGCCACACCAAGGAUCCACAACCUCACCAAAUCAAGGUUCCUCAGCCUGGCCACACCAAGGAUCCACAGCCUGGCCACACCAAGGAUCAACAACCUGGCCACAACAAGGUUCCUCAGCAGCCUGGCCACAUCAAGGAUCCUCAACAUGACCACACCAAGGUUCCCGAGCCUGUUCACCCUCAGGUCCCUCAGCCUGGCCAUCCCAAGCACCCACAACCUGACCAAACCAAGGUUCCUCAACCUGGCCACACCAAGGAUCAACAACCUGGCCAAACCAAGGAUCCACAACCUGGCCACAGGAAGCUUCCAGAGCCAGUUCACCCUCAGGUCCCUCAGCCUGACCAGCCUAAGAUCCCUGAGCCAUAUUCUCCAAUAGUUAUUCCAGGCCCAUCCCAGCAGAAGACCAAGCAUAAUUAAUAUGGUAACAGCCAUGCCCUUGAAGAGCCACCAAAUGCUGAACACCUUCUUCCCUUCUGCUUCUGUGUUGUAAUUAUCUUGUCAUCAGUAUGUUCUCACCAUCUAUCAGAAUCUCUCUCUUAACUGCAUUUUAAUAUAUAUUUUCUAUGAGGCUUUUGCUGAUCACUCUGAAGGGUCCUCUGAGCCUUUGAAUUAUGCUGAAGGCCUAAGUGGCUUUGCUGGUCCUAAGUUGCUCAGGUCUCAUCUGAAGAGUUGAUCUGAUUGAGAAGAAUGCCUGUUUCUGCUCUGCCACCAUUAAAUGAAUUUAACACCA